ACCUGAAAUUUAUUAUAACAUAUAUUACGACGUUUAUACUUUCAUGUCGAUGUUUUCUCAAAGUGACAGAGGAACUCUGCCACUUGACGUCUAAGAAUCUCUCUAGUGUAAUGGAGCGCCUGAUUCUCACCUAGAUACUAAGAAGGUAGUGAGGCAGCAUGGCAUCUAGUUCUGUAAGCCAAGAAGACGUGGAUAUAGACUUUGAAACUUCUUCGCGUCGUUCUCGCAUCCGUACUGCUCGAGCCAGGAACAUUAAUCCAACAUCGCGUCCAGGUGAAGCAGAUGAAGAGUGUGAGGGCAGUGAGCGUGAUGCUGGCACUGGUGGGGGACUGUUUCCUGGGGCUCCUGACCAUGAUGCCAGCCCCAAGCCAGCCACCAGACUCAAAGAGAAGAGGAUGAACAGACCUAACCACACCAACAAAGGAAAGCAGCAGAGAGAUCGACGAAAACUGCGCGAGAAGAGACGAAGCACCGGUGUUGUUCACCUUCCCUCUACAGAGUUUUUGAAGAGAGGCUAUUUGCGCCCACAGUCUACAGGCGGCAGCACUGGUGAGGAUGAAGAGCUAUUGUCCAUGACAGCUGAGACACGCCGCAACACACACUACAAUGAGCACCCAGAGAAGGAGAGAAAUGUUACAGGAUCUGGUGACUAUCAUCACUCUUCUGCUCCUGGUCCUGCAGUCAUGGCUGACCAUAAGCACAAGAAAUCAUUUACAAGUCAUAGAAAUAAAAGUCCAAGUGAUCUAGAAGCAGAUGACGAAGACAACCAAGAUUAUGACUCACUGACAAUGAGCGACUCCACUCUAUCUCUCGUCCAACCUGCUUCCUCAGCCAUAACAAGCAUUCAUCCCUCUAAUACUCUCCAGACUACUCGUCAGCCAUCAAAUGGUCGGCCUGCAACACCAACCUCUGAAAGUGUAGAUGAACUUUUGGAGAGUGCACGAGAGGAAAACAGACGCUUGCUGGGCUUACUGGAAGAGCGUGAUCGUCGCAUAUCUUCCUUAGAGUCUCGCCUGUCUAUACUGACUGGAGAGCUCACUCAGGCAUGUACUGAACGUUCUAACCUACGGCAGGAGAAUACUGCCCUAAUACGGGCCAUGGCCUCUCUUACUGCUAAGUAGUCCUUGCAUUGUAAUGUUUACUAACAAAACGCACUUAUGCCGUUUCUUUGGCUGUUACACAAAUAAGGCAGUGAUUUGGUACUUAAGUAAUAUGUAAUUUGAGUUGUCUUGUAGAAAUAUAUAUGGAGUAUUACAGGGUUCUGCAGGCUAAGACCAUCCACUCAUGGCCCAGGAGAGUGCACUACAAUUUCAUGUAGUUCACACUGCUGCCACAGAUAUAACCUAUGCAUGGGCAUUGCAUAACAAUGUUUUUACAACACAAUCUUUUGAGGGUAAAAUACUGCAGAAAAAAUCGAAUAGUGUAUGGUAUUACAAUAAAUACUUUAAAGUAAUCUUGGCAUCACAGAAAGAAAUGGAAACGUAGUUCCCAAGCUCUUGUAUAUCUAGGUCUCCUUAGGAUAAAGAUUGGCAGUGAUUACUUUCCUUUGAGAUAUUUAGGUACAUAUUAUAUUCCAUGGAACCAUUGUUGAUAAUUAAUGUGAUAAUUUGUAUUAGUAUCACGAUUAGUUUGGUUUUAAUUUUAACGAAAGUUCUACAGGAAAUAGAAGUACAGUACUGGUAUAUUAAGCUUGGCUUCGUUCCAUAAAUUAGUAAAUUAUAUAAUUGUAAGCCAUUAGAUAGUUCACUGUAGUGUUAUCCUUGGUGGACUACUCAGCUUUUUUGUGUAUAACUGUUCUCGUAUAUAAUUCUUUAUUUAGGUCAUUUAGGCCAUAAAAUUGCUCAGCAGCUACUCUUUAGCCUUAUAGCUACCAAUGUGCAAUGUUCAUGACAUAUAAAAUCAUUUUGCGCUAUGCCUGAUUUGUGUGUAGGAACGUUUUUAUUCACUGCCUAUUAGGCUUGUGUAUCUGUGGUAAGAUAAGCAGCACCAAUGUCUUGACUACAUGUGAUCUGCUAAUUUUGUUAUAAUUAAUGUAAGGAAGUCUUUGCUUUUCACAUAUUUGGUAUAAGCUGCAAACAUAUAACCUGUGAAUUGGGCCUUGGUGUGAAUCUCCACUGUCUUUAUAUUGUAGUCAGCCAUAGCCAUUAUUCUUAAACACUAGGACAUAUGUUUAGUUAUAGAUGGGAUUCCAAUUAGGCUUAUUUUUAUGCUAAAUAUUGCAGCUGUUAUAUUGGUAUCCCUUCUAUAGCAGUUAAAAAUUAAUUGGUUGUUAUGAGCAAAUGAUUAUUGCUGAUCAUGUUGCUUCAGGUCCUUUAUAAAAAAAAUUAUAAACCAUGUAGUGUACAUUUUUGUAUAUGCACAUGGAUACUUAGGCAUUUGCAGUUACUGUGUGUUUGUGUGUGUGUGUGUGUGUGUGUGUGUGUGUGUGUGUGUGUGUGUGUGUGUGUGUGUGUGUGUGUGUGUGUGUGUGUGUGUGUGUGUGUGUG